GUCGGAAGCAAUCUGAAGUUAGGGAAUCAGCAGUCACCGUCCUUAACUCAAAAUACGCAUAUAUUCAAGUCGUAAAAAUUUUUACAUCGUGUGUCGUGUUUACAAUAGCGUAGUGUAAAAGAGAUAAGGCAAGAGCUGUGAGUAAAUAUUAGUAUUUGCAAAGAACUUAAUGCCAACGAAUUUUGGCAAUUAAGGAUCUUUGUAAAAUAUAGAUUUGUCGAGCUCAAGUCCUAUUUAACGCGUAACUGUAUAUUUUCGGCACCGUUGACGUUGACUCACUCUUCAAAAUCCCGGUAUCAGCCUAAUUCAUCCUUAAUAUGGACCUACACCGUUGAAAAACACACAUCAAUUGUCUCUGAUAAAUUACAAUUCAGAGAUUCGAACGAAUCAUUUAUUUACGUUACUCUCAUAGAUGUAGUAUAACCUCAAGUGUCUCAUAGGUGGAAAAAUGGUAGUGCUUAGCAGCUUUCUAGCACCACAGGAAGGCAUCCGUCAUGAAGAACCAAACACCACUGUAUACAUUAACGCUAGGGAAGUGGGAAAAGGCACUCUUUAUAUUACAGAAAGUUUACUAUCCUGGAUAGACAGCGAUACACAACAAGGAUUUUCUCUUGAGUACCCUCAUAUUUCCAUACAUGCUAUCUCCCGAGAUCAACAGGUUCAUCCCAGACAAUGUUUAUACAUUAUGGUGGAUGACCUUCCAGAUGUACCAUUACCGCCGUCCCCUGAUAAUGGUUCAGAAAACGAAGAUGAAGAGGGAGAUACUCCUAUGACGGAGAUGAGUUUUGUACCUGAUGACACGAAUAAUCUGGAGGCGAUGUUUGAAGCAAUGAAUCAAUGUCAAGCUCUCCAUCCAGAUCCACAAGAUAGUUUUUCUGACGCUGAAGAAGAUAUUUAUGAAGACGCAGAAGAAGAUGAUUUGGAAUAUUAUGAAGUUGGUGCUGGUGAUGCUCCAUACAUAUUACCAAUUGGAGCUAACCACAGCAAUGGCACUGAAGUCGACGAACCAAUGGACGUUGAAGCAGGUCAGUUUGAGGAUGCAGAAGAGGAUCCAUAAAUUGAGAUUAUAAAAACAUAUGCUGAUAUGCAUUUAGUAUUACUUUAUAUGAUUAUCGAUUUCAUAUAUUUCGGUAGAUAUGUAAUAUCAUUAUUGCAAGCUAUAAGACAAAACUACGUCGAACGUAAAAGCACCUAACAUUUAUUUAUAUUCAUUUUGUACAUGGUGAUAAUUUCUUAGGUAAAAAAUAAAUAGUUAUACAUUAAAUAUAA